AUGAAAUAUAUAAUCCCUUUUGUUUUUGUUCUUUCUUUUUUUUUCUCUCCUAUUAUUUGUUCAUGUUUUUUUAUGUCUUUGUUUCCUUUUUUCUUUUCUACCUUCAGACAUAUCUUUCUUGCUUCACUUUUGAAAAUAUUAUUUGCAUUUCUGGUUAUAAACUUCUUCUUUUCCUUCAUUAUUUUAUUCCUUCUUUGUUUUCUCUUUUCCUCUUCUUCUUUCGUUUUUUCUUUUUAUUUCCUCCGUCUUAAUUUGUUUACUCUUUCCUUCUUUCUUUUUUCCUUUUCCUUCAUCGUUUUCCUUUUCUUUUUUCCUUUUUAUUUCCUCCAUCUUUUUUUUCUCUUUCGUUCGUUGUUUUUUCCUUUUCCUUCAUCAUUUUCCUUUUUUUCCCUUUUUUCUUUGUUUUUUCUUUCCUACAUUGUAUAUCUUUUUCCUUUUAUACUUUGCAUUUUUUUUCCUUCUUUGAUUUUUCUUUUUCCUUUUUAUUUCCUCCAUCUGGCCUCGUUUUCUCUUUCCCUCUUUACUUUGUUCUUGUUUGUUAUUCUUUUUGCUUUUUAUUUCUUCCAUCUUACUUUGUUUACUCUUUCCUUCUUUGUUUUUUCCUGCCAUCUUUGUUUCCUCUGUUUCCUUCUUUUUUCUUUUUUCAUUUUUAUUUCAUCCAUCUUUCUUUGUUUUCUCUUUCUUUGUUUGUUUUUUCCUUUUCUUUCGUGUUUUUUCCCCUUUGUAUUUCCUCCAUCUUACUUUGCUUUCUCUUUCCUUCACUGUUUUUCCUUUAACUUCUUUGCUUUUCUUUAA